CAUUCUCGUGUUUCACGACCUGGACUGGCCACUUCUCUUUCACUUCCGACCGUGAUGAAUGGAUUGCUCCGUUCCACCGGCAUCUGCUGAUUGAGACUUUAAAUGAUGGUCUGAUAAAGCCUGGUUGGCGCGCGCAAGCCCCGCCAAGUGACGACGAUCAAACUGGGUGAACACAAUUGCGAUCGAGAGAGAGAGAGAGAGAGAGAGAGAGAGAGAGAAUAAAGUAUAUAUUAUGCAAAGAGCAAGCUUCACUUGAUGAAAUCCUCUUAACCUCGUCAUUUCCCCUUUUCUCUCUUUCCUCCGGAGAAUAAAAUAAGUACUCUACUCCCUUCCCCUCCACCACCACCACCACCCCCCCGGCGGCCGCCCACAUAGUCCCUGCGGUGAGGACGAUGGGGUUGUGGUCGGACAAUUCAUCAGAACUCCAGCUGUAUAGCCAUCUCGCCAUUGUUCUCGGCAUAGGUCUGGGACUUGUGACCUUCGUCAUCAUGUGUUUGUUCUUGAGCCUUUUCGUCAAUCGCCGCGAGCGUCGCCCCGCCACCAAGGCCAAAAGCAGGAAAGGCGACUCGCACGACAAGCUGCGUAAGCUGGACGCUGUCUCACCAGCUCGUACCCUGGAGGAUUGGUGGUCGCGAGCCAAGCUACCCUCCGAGGGCGCCGACGGACAGUUCAUGUGUGUCGUUUGCCUCGAGUCCGUCCAGCGCUCCCAAGAGAUACGAGAAUUGAAGUGUCUACACGUUUUCCAUCGCGAAUGCCUGGAGAAGUGGUACCUACAGGACCAUUUCAACUGCCCACUUUGCCUCCGAGCCUAUUACGUGCAAGAGACGUAUUCUAGCAACGAUUUCGUUUGGAUGGUAUGAUUUAGCAACAUUUCGCGCCAUAACGACACUUUACAACACUUUCUCGCAGCAGCACUCUCGAAAGCGCCCGUCGAAUGAUGUGCCCUGAUCUUCUGCCACCGGCCUACCCUCGUCGCGGAGGUAUACCCUCUUCGUAUUCUCCUCAUGAUUCAUUUGCGUCACAGCUUGUCGCACAGUGCAUCCUGGCUGAAAUCACGAUUUUCUAUCUAUGCUCAUGAGUCAUGAUUGAUAUGAUACCCUUAUUCUCUGCAAUUGAACCGGUUACAUUCGGAACCAAUCCUGUGUUACAUGCUGUAUUCUUGAACCAAUCCUCAGAUAAAGUACCUUGAUGCACCAUGCAUUGGCUUGUUCACAUCCC